UGGGAGAGUGAGCGGUGGGAUCAGCGCAAGAUCCAUAACAUGGUGGCAGUGCUGGAAGUGAUCUCCAGCUUGGAGAAAUACCCCAUAACCAAAGAGGCACUUGAAGAAACAAGAUUAGGGAAACUCAUCAAUGAUGUAAGAAAGAAGACGUCCAAUGAGGAACUUGCCAAACGUGCCAAGAAAUUGCUACGGAAUUGGCAAAAACUGAUAGAACCUGUAUCCCAGAAUGAAUCUGUUUCAAGAGGAUUGCCGAAUCCACCUGGAUCAGCAAAUGGUGGUGCACACAAUUGUAAACCAGAAGUGCCACCUGCUGUAGUAACUGGAUCAAAGCCCAUCAGUGAAUUGAAAAGCAGGAAUGACAUCCAAAAGCUGAACUCCCCGAAAACAGAAAAACUGGGAAAUCGGAAAAGGAAAGGUGAACAUAGGGAUGGGCAUCAGGGCCCCCCUCCUUCUAAAGUUUCCAAAGGUAGCCAUGAAGCAUUACAAAACUCUUCUCCACCAACUAAUGGGAUUGCGGGGAGCCCUGGAAGUUUCCCCAGUCCUGUAGAUGUAAACCUGCAAACAGGGCCUGAAAGCAGCAGGACAGAACAUAGCGAAAAUGACAAACACAGUAAGAUCCCAGUAAAUGCUGUAAAACCUCACACCAGUUCUCCAGGACUUGUAAAACCUUCAAGCACCUCCUCAUUAUUAAAGACUGCAGUGCUUCAGCAGCAUGAUAAAUUGGAAGAAACCACAGGCCAGCACCCACCUAAGAGUCCCCGCUGUUCCUCGUUUAAUCCUGGGAAUAUUAGGCAUGACACAUUUGCUCGACAGCAUAUCACAUACUCACCAAAGGAUUCAAUACCUAGUCCAUCUCAAAGGUCCCAGUUCUUAGAUACUGCACAGGUGCCAUCACCACCACCCCCUUCCUUGAUGCAACCAUCAACACCUCCAAUGCCAGCAAAAAGACUGGAGGUUUCUCAGCAAUCAGGAACUGAGGUAUCUCAACAUUGGCAGGAGCAGGCAUCUUCUGAAAGCCAGUACAGGCACACAGCAGGGACACUUCAGCACGCAACUCCUAGCUGCAAAACUAACUUGCACCCUGGGGAAUCUCUGACACCACAUGUUGGCUUUUCUCCGGACACUUCAAAAAUGGACAGUGAUGAUGCUGCUUCAGGUUCAGAUAGUAAGAAGAAGAAAAGGUACAGACCCAGAGACCACACAGUCAAUUUGGAUGGGCAGGUUGUAGAAGGGGGUGUGAAACCUGUGAGAUUAAAAGAAAGAAAGCUCACCUUUGAUCCCAUGACAGGACAGAUAAAACCUUUAACACAAAAAGAUUCUUUGCAGGCAGAAAUCCCUGCAGUCGCUGAACAGCACAGGACAGAAACAGACAAGCAGGAGCAAAAACCCAACCUGCAAAGUCCUUUUGAACAAACGAACUGGAAAGAGUUAUCCAGAAAUGAAAUAAUUCAAUCGUAUUUAAACAGACAAAGUAGCUUGCUGUCUUCGUCAGGAGUACAAACCCCAGGAGCUCACUACUUCAUGUCUGAAUAUUUAAAGCAGGAGGAAAGCACUAGAAGAGAAGCUAGAAAGACUCAUGUUCUAGCUCCUAACAGCAAACCCACAGACUUGCCUGGGGUCACGAGAGAGGUCACAAGCGAUGACCUCAACAGAAUACGUGAACAUCACUGGCCAGGCGUGAAUGGCUGUUAUGAUACACAGGGUAACUGGUAUAAUUGGACGCAGUGUAUAUCUUUAGAUCCACAUGGGGAUGAUGGUAGAUUGAACAUCCUGCCUUAUGUCUGCCUAGACUGAGUACAGUUUUGCUAAAAUGCUCUCACAUCGGCAGUUAGAAAAAAUGGCAGACACUCUGCCACUUAACAUGGAGAGAACCUCCUGUCCUGGACAAACAGGGCCAACGAGCAGAGGGUAUGAAGGAGCUGGUUGUUUACAGCUCUUUCCUUUAAAUUCUCCUUUUGUGAAAUGCUGCUACCAGUUUACUAACAAAAUUGCAAAGGAAGGCAUACGAAGGUUGAUAAAUUGAGUUCAAAACUCUAUAGCAAGCCAGCUAUAAAAAAGUGUUAGUCCCCAAGAAAUGAAGAUGAUUUCCAGCACUUUGUGAAUGCCAGAAUCUUAUUACAGGCAGGUACAGAUAAAAUUGUAGAAAUUACCUUAACAAGAUAUGCAUCUAUUUAUUUGAUUUAAUUUGAGUUUAUUGGGCAAUGAGAUGUCCGAGACAAUGUGCAAAAAAUCUAGUUUUUAUUUGCAUCAGAUCUCUGAACAUGAUUCUGUGUUCUUUUCAAGUUACGUGGUGUAAAGAUUGGGUUUUAAACAGCAGGUGUUGCCAUGCAGGUUGGCGAUCUGGCUUCAGUUCAACAUUCCAUAGGCAUCCACAUAUUUUAGUCUGGUUUCAGUUAAAAUCCAGUCUCUGAGAAAUGCUGCAAAAACUAGGUUUUUUUUAAAAAACAUUUUUUCUUCCACCACCAGCCAAAUCAUUUUUCUCCUUUUCCCUUCCUGCAAACUUCUAGAAAAAUUCACCUUUUCUAGAAUCCGAAAGUAAUGAGGGUGCUACAAGUUUGUAACUGUUCUAUGAGGGGAAAAAGGAAGCCUGUUUAUAUGCUGGAAAUAUACUUGUUACCAUUCCUUUAGAUAUUGUUUGCCUUAUGGAUAUCCAUCAUAAACGCAAUUUGCAAAAACAAAGAGCCUUAGUGAAUGUACAGUAACUAGACUUCUGUGUUCUUGGGAUGCAGAAGGGAGCAACUUUGCUAUUUGGUCCUUUAAGUGGACACAUUGUGAUAUAAAUGUGGAAAUAAAAAAAUUUGCACAAAAAAGUUUGUGAAUUAUUUAUAAUUAAACUGGUUACUUUCAAAGUUUGGUCAGUUCAGAAAAGUCAAGUUGAAGCUAAGUAUAUAUUGCCAGCAGUGUGAUUAAACCUGCAUCCUGUUAGUUCACUUUCUAAACCAGUUAAAGGUGGUUAGUCAUAUAAGAUGCACUGUCUAGCUUUUCUUAGUCUUCCAAGUGUGCUGGCAAUAUUUACUAAUAUAUCCUAGAUAAUUUUAACUAUGGUUAAAUCCAGGGAGAAUGUGCUUGGUUCAGAGAGAGCCCUCCAAGUUAUUGUUACUAUACCUCACAAGUCGAGCUAAUCGUUCAGCUUUCUCUUCAGUCCACUUUUGUAUGUAGUAGUAAUUGUAAAAUGUCUGUGUUUCACGUCUGAUCAAAGCCUAAUUCAGUAAUGUUUUUAUGUUCAAUUUAGGCAAAACACGUGCAGCUCCUGUUAAUAUGUUAGCAAUUGGAACAAUUUACUUUUACAGUAGCUGGUAUUGGGCUUCUGUCCUGCUGGUGCUUUUUAUAAAAAAAAAAAAAAGUGAAUCGGGAGUACUGCCACUGCAGUAACAUUAGAUACACCAUUAGGACUGGAUUCUGCUUCCACUCAGGUCCCUAG